AUGUUAAAGAGAAAAUCUGUGAUAAAUUCACCAUGUUUAAAUGAUUUUAGAAGUGUUAAUCAUAAAACUCUAUCAUAUUGUGCCUUUAAUGCACCUUUUCUAUGUAGAAAUUCCAGUGCUUUAAGUUUGUCUUUGAGAAAUUUUUGUACAGACUCUUCUAAUGGUGCUGGGUUGCCAUAUUGGGAAUUGGAAAGACGUCAGCGUUUAGCAGAAGAAAAUACAGAAGUGUUGGAAAAGGGAGAUAAUUUGCAAUCUUCAAAUGAAGAACAAUCUUUAACUCAUACGGAUGUGGAUGGAAAGGCCAAUAUGGUUGAUGUUGGAAUGAAACAAGAAUCACAUAGAAUUGCAUGUGCAUCCGGUACCGUUUAUUUAGGUCAAACAGCAUUCCAGUUACUCAAAGACAAUAAAUUGAAAAAAGGUGAUGUGCUGACCGUAGCGCAAAUCGCAGGAAUAAUGGCAGCUAAGAAAACAUCAGAGUUAAUUCCCUUAUGUCAUAAUAUCAAUCUAUCAAAAAUCAAUAUUAAAUUUGAAUUGAAUGAAAAUGAAAGUAGCGUCCAUAUUGAAUCAGUAGUUAAAACUCAAGGUAAAACUGGUGUAGAAAUGGAAGCCUUGACAGCCGUGUCUGUUACAGCGCUAACUAUUUAUGAUAUGUGUAAAGCCGUCAGUAAAGCUAUUGUUAUCAGGGAUAUUAAAUUAUUAUCAAAAUCAGGCGGGAAAUCGGGUGAUUAUAAUAUUAGUCAGUUAAAUAAAUGA